CCUCGCACCGUCCGAAAGCUGUUCAAACGUUCAUUAAUCAUUUGCUGUUUAUGAUAGGCUAUAUCUGAUCCUGACUCUUCCAGGAUAUUCGAAUCUUUCCAACAAUGCCAUGCAGGUUUUCUCAUGGACAAAUCCGGUAAUAACAGACAGUUGUUCACCACCUACAUUCAUCGCUCUACUCGCUCUCGAUGUCGUCGCCGCCUCCGCCUUUGCCUACUACUCAGUCACCCACCAAUCAUAUGUUUAAUGAAAUGCAGUAUUCCACGAUAAAUGGUGGAGAGUUCUACAACGUGGGCCGUGACCUCGUUCGAAAUUUUCAUCCUACGGCCGCCAAUCCACAUAAAACUCUAUGGGAAGCAAUCGCUGGCGUUGGAGCUUCCUACAAUUCUGCCUUGCAGUUUGACCGCGGCAGCUGUCUCCCUGGGACCCGAAAAGCAGUGUUACGAGACAUCCAUGAAUGGAGCGUCCAAAAGUGAUUCCAACCCCAUAUGCUGGCUUUCAGGAACUGCAGGUGUAGGAAAGUCGGCCAUUGCGCUGACAGUUGCUAAAUCAUGCGCCGAAAACAAUCGACUCGCCGCCUCUUUUUUCUUCUUCAGGUCCGACCCCAAGCGCAACAACCCAUCCUCCCUCAUGUUGACAAUUGCACACGGUCUCGUUACCACGAUACCGUCACUGCACCCUAUCAUUCAUGGCAAGAUCGCCACUGAUCCCAGGAUCUUGGAAGCCACUUUGGAAGAUCAAUUCAGAGAGCUCAUUGUCUCUCCGUUAUUGAAUGUCUCCCCGUCAUCGAAAAGGAGAUGGUGGAUACCGAGAUGGGGACAGAGAUGGGGACGGAGUCUGAGAUGGUGGAGACAGGUGCCAGAGCAACCAUUGCCUCAGUCAGUUCAGAAACAUCCCAAUCUCGUCAUUAUUGACGGCCUGGACGAGUGCAAGGACAGCGACACCCAGUUGCGACUUAUCUCUAUACUAACAUCUGCCUAUCAAAGAUCCCCUCAUUUCCCUCUGCGACUUCUGAUCUGUAGCCGUCCUGAAUCAUGGAUUCGAGAGGCCUUUGAUCUUCCAAAGUAUUGUAUCCUCACUAAACACAUAAAGUUGGAUGAUUCUUAUGUGCCAAAUCAAGAUAUCGAACGGUACUUUCGCAGCGAGUUCACCAGCAUUCACACAAACAUUAAAUACAAACGGGUCGAAUUUCCGAACCCAUGGCCUUCCGAAGCUGACAUAGAGUGUUUGGUUGACAAUGCUUCAGCCCAAUUCAUUUAUGCGAUCACUGCGAUGAAAGUUGUGAAAGCGGAAUAUUCAUCCCCUAUCAAACAACUUCGCAUAGUUCUCGAUAGUCGAUCUAACCGAAUCUCUCCAAAAUCUCCGUUCCCUGAGCUCGACAACCUCUAUCAUAUAAUACUUUCCACCCAUCCCGAACGAGACACACUUCUCUGUAUCCUCAGUGCAAUUCUUCUACUGCCAGAGAGAUGUAGGAAUCCGAAGUUUAUCGAAAUAUUGCUUGGAUUCUCCCCUGGAGAAGUAGACCUGUCAUUGCGAGGAAUGCACUCAGUACUCAACAUCCGCGACCCAGAUGAUGAUAUUCGGGUUUACCACACUUCCUUCACCGAUUACCUCUGCACCAAGUCUCGAUCUGCCGAGUUCUACAUUGACGAGCCUCGGCAACGUGACUUCCUUGCUUGUCGAUGGCUCAUGGCUCUUGGUGAACACUGCAAGGCUCAGGCAACGAUUUUCAUUGUCAGAACUUUCUUGGGAGAAUGGGGCAACUUUUGCUCCUCCGUUCAACAGCCUAGCGUGCAAUUGCUACAUGAACUUGGAUCUCUUGAUCUGCUCAGCCUCGUCGUUGCUACCGGUGUCAGUCUGCAAGUUGAAAUUAGCCUGACGCGUGAGUCAUGGGAUCGGUGGGCCGCAUUAUUCCGUUGCUUUCAAACCAUCGCUUCCUGGUUGGAUCGAGAGGGUGUCGACCCACAAAUCAUUGAGCGCUUUGUAGACAUCCAGGAUCGUAUCCAGGUGAACCCCUCGCUGGAUGAAGAAAUUCGAAGAGACCUUGAAGACUGGAUAAUCUUCAAUCUCACUGGUUGCACGUGGAGAUGUCCAUUGACAAAGCCUGUUGAUGCCUCAGUGGCGAAAUUGCUUGGUAGUGCAUGGAAUAGCGAGUCUUCCUCAGGUCCUCUUUCAUUAGCUGGACCUCAUCAGCAUUUGGGCACUUUGAUGGCGCGGCUGCCCCGGGUUUUGGCGGGUUUUUGGAUGGUCACACAACCGCACCACCCGACAAUUCCACACAACCUCACAAUCCACAUAUAUAAAUUGUACAUUAAUCAAUAA